AUGUCUCCACCAACCAAACAGGAUAUCAACGAAUCUCCACGAAACAAAAAUGAUAUCAACAAAUCUCCACCAACCGAACAGGAUAUCGACCAAUCUCCACCAACUGUACAGGAUAUCAACAAAUCUCCACAAACCAAAAAUGAUAUCAACAAAUCUCCACCAACCGAACAGGAUAUCGACAAAUCUCCACCAAUCAAACAGGAUAUUGACAAAUCUGUGCCAACCAAGCAAGAUAUCGACCAAUCUCCACCAACUGUACAGGAUAUCAACAAAUCUCCACAAACCAAAAAUGAUAUCAACAAAUCUCCACCAACCAAACAGGAUAUUGACAAAUCUGUACUCACGAAGCAAGAUAUCGAUCAAUCUCCACCAACUAAACAGGAUAUCUACAAAUCUCCACCAACCAAACAGGAUACCGACAAAUCUCCACCAACCAAACAUGAUAUCGACCAAUCUCAACCACCUGAACAGGAUAUCAACAAAUCUCAACCAACCAAACAGGAUAUGGACAAGUCUCGAUCAACCAAUCAGGAUAUUGACGAAUCUGUACCAAGCAAACAUGAGAUUGACAAAUCUCUACCAAACAAACAGGAUAUUGACCAAUUUCCACCAACCAAACAGGAUAUUGACAAAUCAUCACCAACGAAACAUGAUAUUGACAAAUCUGUACCAAGCAAACAUGAUAUUGUCCAAUCUCCACCCACCAAACAGGAUAGCAACAAAUCUCCACCAACCAAACAGGACGACAACAAAUCCCCUCCACCCACACAGGAUAUCAACAAAUCUUCACCAACCAAACAGGAUAUUGAUAAAUCCACGCCAAUCACACAGGAUACCGACAAAUCUUCAUCUUCCACAAACGAUAAUGACAAAUCAGCACCAUACACACAAGAGUCUGGUUCUUCCAACAAGGAACAUAAAACACAAGGAUCCGUUUCCAAGCAAACUAAAGUCAGAAAGACAACGACUUCCAAGGACAUUCAGAUCACAGAUAUGCCCAUUGUCCCGCCUGAAGCAAGGGCUGUAUCCGUGGAGUAUAAGGUUCAGACAGAGACUGGGAAAGCUACACACGGUGGCACUAAAUGCUAUGUGUAUCUCACACUGUACGGUGUCAACGAUUCUGAUGAGCUGUAUCUGAAUCAUGCAGUGAUCAACCAUUAUGAAAGGACGGACACAACUUACCCCUUUGUGGCCUUACGUUACAAGAGCGUUCUGAUAUUUUCUGAAGUCUACAACUGUAUUUUGUCCGGCGUGUAUGGGCAUUAG